GCGGUGGGCGUGAUGAAGGCGCGCGCGGUGCUGCGGGGCAGGCACGUCUGCGACCCGUCCGACCUGCGCGUGGUGCGGUACCUCACCGCCUUCCGCGUGCCGGAGCCGCUCCACCUGAAGAUCGACGAGGUCAUCGACCGCGCCCUCGCCGAGGAGGCGGAGGAGGAGGCGCGGGGCGGCAGCGGCGACGCCGGAGGAUCGGCGGCUGGGCUGCAGAGCGACAGCGGCGGAGGUGGAGGCGGAGGCAGCGAGGACCGGAUCUCGGCGGCGGCGGAUGGGUCGAGCGAUGGCGAGGAGGGCGGGGAGGGGGGAGGUUUGAGCGGGGAGGGGGGAGGGAGCGAGAGCCAGAGCGAGAGCCAGAGCCAGAGCCAGAGGGAGGCCGGAUCGGCUGCAAGCCCACCCGGAGGCGAGGGCAAAGGCGGCGAGGGCCAAGGCGGCGAGGGACAGGGAGGAGGGCGGCAGGGCGGAGCACAGCAGCGCAACGAGCGGGAGGGCGGGCCCGGGCACGGAGAGGAGAACGGGAUGAGCGGCCGCGGGAGCGGAGGCGGAGGCGCCCAAAAGGGAGGCGAGGAGGGGGCGGCCGACUCAGCGCAUGCUCCGGGAGGGGAGGAGCAGGCGCAGGCCAACGCCUCCCGCGGCGGCGCGGCCGGCGAGGACAAG